AAAGGAUGGACAACUCGAAGAGACCCACAAUUGCAAACGUCUACAGGGGGACGUUUAUCCACUCGACCCAGCAGACAGCGCUGCAGAUCCUAGAAGACGAGCUCCUGGGAGUGGAUACAGACGGAAAGAUCGCUUUUACUGGGAGAGGCGUGGAGCUUGACAGACUUUCUCAGACCUUUGGUUUCAGUCCCAAUGAAGUCAUUCAGCUGGCACAACAUGAGUUCUUCAUGCCAGGACUGGUGGACACCCACAUCCACGCCUGCCAGUACAGCUACGCAGGCACAGCUCUGGACAUGCCCUUACUGCAGUGGCUCGAGACCUACACCUUUCCGGUGGAGUCCCACUUCAAGGACUUGCAGUUUGCCCACAAGGUCUACUCUCAAGUCGUGAAAAGGACCCUGAGAAACGGAACAACCACGGCAUGUUACUUUGCCUCCCUACAUACAGACGCCUCUCUUUUGUUGGGGCAGAUUGCAAAUAACUUUGGACAGCGUGCCUUGGUGGGCAAGGUCUGCAUGGACAGGAACGAUUCUGUGAAACAUUACAAAGAGACCAAUCAGGAGUCUCAAGAAGAAACCUGCCGGUUCAUUGCAGAGCUCUUGAAGAAAAAGUACCCUCUGGUGAGACCGGUGGUGACUCCCCGCUUCGCUGUAUCCUGCACAGAAGCUUUGCUCGGGCAGCUGGGAGCAAUCGCUAAGAAUAACAACCUGCACAUCCAGAGUCAUAUCAGUGAAAACUUAGAGGAAAUUAAGCUUGUAAAGGAGAUGUUUCCGGACUCAGAGUCGUACACAGACGUCUAUCUCAAACAUAACCUGCUCACGGACAAGACAGUGAUGGCUCACGGCUGCUACCUCAGUGAUGAAGAAUUGGUUGUGUUCAGAGAGACAGGAGCCUCUUUGGCUCACUGUCCCAAUUCCAAUAUUUCGAUGUGCAGUGGUAUGUUGAAUGUCCGCAACGUCCUUAAUCACAACGUGAAGUUGGGGCUGGGAACAGACGUGGCGGGGGGCUACUCGGCCUCGAUGCUGGAUGCUGUGAGGAGAGCUCUGGACACAUCCAAAGUCUUGACCAUCCAGAACCCAGAAUAUGAAACGCUCUCCUUUCAGGAGGUGUUCAGACUGGCCACACUGGGAGGCAGCCAAGCCUUGUCCCUGGAUGACCAGACAGGGAACUUUGAAGUGGGCAAAGACUUUGACGCCCUGAGGGUAAAUGUGGCCGCUCCUGGCGGACCCAUCGACCUGCUCCAGGGCGAGGACCCAAAGACUAUUCUGGAAAAGUUCUUAAAUUUGGGUGACGAUCGUAACAUAGCAGAGGUGUUUGUGGCCGGGAGGAAGGUGGUACCAUUCACUGAGCCAGCCACAGAAUAAACGAUUUGCACUCGUCUCAAAGCCUAAACACCCUGGAAAGUUAGCUUGAAGAGGACGUUAACUAACACAAUAUACAAGAUAUGUAGCUUAAGAAGGAUCAGUGGGAAAUGCACUAACGCACAAUUGUCUUUUAAUACUAAAACAUAUAAGUAGGACAUUAAUCAAUACCGUUACCUUUUCACUCUUAGAUACGGAGGACUUAAGAGGAAAUAUGAUUUGAAUGAGUUUCAGUGAGUGUCAUCAUUAUGUCUCUUUAAUCCCUUAUGGAUUAUUACUGGGCUUUAAUACCGGAAAUAAGGGAUUUAUUAACAUUGCACUUGCUGUUUGGCAUUUUUGCGUAUUAAAACAUAUUCAUGCACCAGCCUUUUGCUUAUUAAGAUCACUCUUAAUGAGAAAUUCCACAAUGUAGAGUUUUUGUUAAAUGUACCUAAAAUUCUCACUAACUAAUAUAUAAGUACUGGUGAUCAUCGUGUAACAACGAUAACAUAUUUUCUAUUGCACGUUGAUAUCACAUUAUGUUGCCUCAAGACAUUUAAACUACACAAUUAUCUGUCAAGUUCAUACAUAUUUCCCUCUUACAUGUAGUGCUAUUUAUCGAUCUAGACUGUUUUGGUGGGAGCUGCCUAGUUGUGUAAGUAUCGCUCAGAGGGAUAUCUGCCUUCUCUCCAAUGUAAUGGAACUCCAAAGAAUUACUUGUUGUUUUGUUCAAGCCGAGUGCCACAAAAUCACCGUAUAUGGGAUUAGCCGCAAGCUAUCUGACUGUUGGCGAAUUAAGGGACAAUUGUGGCCGGUUUGCUGAAUAUGUGGUUUUCUUGAGAAUGUAUACAUGUUUAAAACUUGUAUCACAGCAGAUCACUCUCGACCAAAAUGUAUAUGUUUGAGGAAUUCUUUGAUAUGUCGCUCAAUGGA